GGCAGAGGAAAACGUGCCUCUCCUUGAUUGACCAGAGUUAGUAAACAAGCGACCGAAACUCAGCCUUGUUUACCUUCUGUCAGUAACUCGCCACCUUGCUAGUUAUCACCACUAGGAGUAAGAUAAGGAGGCGAGGAAGCAGCAAGAAAGCAUGUCGAGUAGCAGUGACAGCAGCAGCAGUUCAGCUUGGACGGGCACAAGGCUGCACAUCAAGGAAGGGGAGCUGCAGUGUGUCAAGGGCUGUGGAUUCUAUGGUAACCCAGCAUGGGAGGGUCACUGCUCUAAGUGUUACAAGGAGCACCUCGCCCAGACUCAGCAGCGCAAGACUGUCUUCCAUCCUUCCCUGAAGCUUCGCAACAAAGUGAGUCGAUCAGUGAGUGAUGUCUCCGACUUCACAUCAUCAGCCACCUCCAUCAUGAGCAGGAAGUUUGACCGUUUUGAGGAAAAACGGCGCCAACAACUUGACAAGAAGACCAAGGCUGUCAAAUCCAUCUUCCGGAAGUCACAAGGCAAAGAGGGAGGUAAGGGUGGAGAGACUUCUAGGCCUGUCAGGCAGCUGAGCAUGGAGUCUCAGGGAGCAGGCCAGCAGUUCAAUGAGUUCCUCAAGAGCCUGAACAAAGAUGUGCAGUGUGGCGUCAGUAAGCUGAUUAACAAUUUCCUGGAGAAGAUGCUCAGAGUGGUGGAGUUUCAGGCUGUUGAUGAAUCCAGUGAGCAGAUACAAGACUUCUACACCACCAUGAAUGACAUGAUAACCCAGCAGCCAGUGUAUGAAGGUUUAUCUCAAGAACAGAUUGACAAAAUAAAUGAGCUGACAGAGAGAUACAUUACCACAAGACUGUACAAGCAACUGAAUAUUGCUGUGAAUGCCAUCUGUGAAGAGAAGGAUUUGGCAAUUCAGAACAGGAUCCGAAGUUUGGCAUGGGUCUCAAGUCAACACCUGGAAUGUGGUGUGCAGGAGUCCAGUCAGGAAGUGCGGGAAACCUUGGAUUUGGUUAUCACAGAGCUGCUCGAGAUGAACAGCAAACGUGUGCCUUCAGAUAAGCUGCAGUGUCUGGUGUCCGCUGCCCACCAUGUACUGCAGGUCCUCAAACAGUCUCACUCGGGCACACCAGCUUCUGCUGAUGACUUCCUACCUGCCCUCAUCUACUGUGUGCUGCAGGCCAACCCACCUCUCCUCCACAGUAACAUCUCCUUCAUUACUUACUUCUCUCAGCAGCGUAGCCUCCAGAGUGGGGAGGCAGGAUACUUCUUCACCAAUCUGUGCUGUGCAGUGGCAUUCAUUGAGCAUGUCACUGCACAGAGCCUAGGCCUGACAGAGGAUGAAUACCAGCGUUACAUGACUGGUCUUGCACUGCCUCCACAUGCCCUGGAUGGUGAUGCCUGGCUCUGUGAGGGAAUGCGGGUGAUGCAACAGAAUUUGAAGACUCUUGAUGACCUGCAGGCAAAAAUGGAACACCUGGUCACUCACUCGGAUGAACUGAUGCAAGAGAUGGAUGAGCUACAGGAAAGUGUGAGCAAGGAAGUGGCAAGUGUGCUGGAGAAGAAUCCAUUGACCAUCCAUCCCUGCCGUAAAGUUGCCAUUGAUGAGGAGCUCCCAGCCUCCCCUCUCCUUCCGUCCCCUCUGACACCUGAGGUUCCUCCUCUCAGUCCUGACAUUAUUGCUGCCCAGCAGUCUCUGUCAUUUCUUCAACAACUGGGUGAUGGAGGAAGCCAAACAACCUCUCCUGACCUGCCAGAUGUCUCUACCCAAGUAUCCAAAUCCACCUCCAGGAAUGCCUCUGAGCUCAUUGGCCCUGAAGCAGAUCUCCUUAGUCUUGAUAUUGAUAUUGAGGAGACAGACAACAGCAUGCAUGGCUCAUCAGGCCUCUUGGGGUCAGACAUUGAUCUCCUUGGUCCUGAUACAGAUUCCCAAGAAGUCAAAAGUGGCACGGUAGAGUCAGCCUCUGGCCUUCCUGACCUGAUAGGCCCUAUAUGUUCUACUGAACAUUCAAAAAAUACCAAGAAUCAUAAGGAUUUCCUAAAUAUUGAGGAAAUUGGAUCAAAUCAGGCAUCAAACCAAGGCAUGUUUGCACUUAACCAAUCUUAUUCAAGCAUGCCAACAAAGAACAUGAUGCAGUAUUCUAGUCCUCAAACAAAGAGUGAGAAACAUGUGUCUGACACACUGUCAAGACAGGCCUCAUUACCAUAUUCUGGUUUUACAGUUCAGGGAGGAAAGAUACCCAGUAUAGCUUGUGACACUGGUAAUACGCAUUCUCUCUCUUCUCCCCUUGAACAGUCCCAGCCAGGUAGCUCAGAUCCACUGUCUCCUCCCUUAGUUGGAUCACACCCUGCUCUUCCUCCUCCUCUCAUUCCUUCUGUUCCUGGGGAGAGGCAGGAAGCUGGUGCUUCAGGACAGAAAAGCAGUGAAAAGAAAGGAGAUGCUCUUGAUAAAGUUUGUGAUGUUUUAGGAGAUAUCAUAGAGACAUUUGAUAGUCUCUUGUAGGAUGACAGAAUGAAGGAUGUUGUGAUUAGAGAAGAUAUAGGAAAAAGAGACAGAUGAGGUACUAUGCUUUAAGAUUGUUGUGGCAGAGAUGCUGUGGCUAUCUUUAAUGAGAAGCUUCCCAGAAAACACUGCCCCCAAAGGCUCAGGUUUCAAACACCAAAUAGGUUAUGUAACCAGUGUGACCGAUACUUGGUUGGAGGGCAAAAUAUCAGCUCUAUUGCCAUCACAGUAAGUCAGUGCCAGACAACUUUGGAGCUUGCAUGGAGUGGUGACCUUCCUCUUCCAUAGUGUAGAAAGGUGGGCUAGGAGAAAAUUAUUAGUGUGACAGGUUCCCUCCUCACACAUUUGUUGCAGAUAGAGUAAAUACAUCUGUUGCUUGAUAUUAUCAGCAGGGGAGUCAGAAAGAGUGGGUAUCUUAGUGACCAACAAGCAACCAUUUUUAUAAGCCAAUACAAGGAGUGGUGUGUGAGAUACCAACUGCUGAUGAUGCUUCUGAUAUUGUCAAGUACUGAUGUGUUUACUCUAUCUGGCAGAAAUGUGUGGGAGUUAAGAAGUUGCAUAGCAAUGAUUUUUUCCUUGCAAAUUCUUUUUUUCAAAUUGAAAGAGGAUGGUUAUUGAUUUUUGCAAUAUAAUGCUUUUAUCUGUAAAAAUUUCUGACAUCGUAAUUUGGCACUGACUGUAUCCAGGGGAUAAUUUCUUCUUACCUGAGUUUAGUUUUUGGACAUAUCUCUGUGUUAUAUUUAUUUUCUCUCUCUCUCUCUCUCUCUCUCUCUCUCUCUCUCUCUCUCUCUCUCUCUCUCUCUCUCUCUCUCUCUCUCUCUCUCUCUCUCUCUCUCUCUCUCUCUCUCUCUCUCUCUCUCUCUCUCUCUCUCUCUCUCUCUCUCUCUCUCUCUCUCUCUCUCUCUCUCUCUUGCACUGCUGCGGUAUUCCUUGGGAGAGGUAGGAGUUGUAAGAAGCAAGAUCACUUCAAGGUUUUAGCAGUGAUGUGCUGAGAUUUGAUGCUUCCUACUACCACAUGUAGUUUGAUUCAGGUUUAUGAAUGAUUUACAUGAAAAUCAUUCAUAAAUGAAAAAAAAAAAAAUCAAUCAGGAAUAGGCAUAGAUAAUUAAAUUUUCAUGUAAGCUAUUUUCAGUGUUUUAGGUAAUUUUUUUUAGAUAUUCAGUAUCAAAUGCAAAUUCUGCAAUUGGGAAAAGGAUGCAAAUAUUUUCAUCAUAACUGAAAAAUUUGUAAAUUGAAUGUUAGUAAAUUGAGAUUUGCCUCUAUAUCUUAACUCUCUUAGCCAUUUUUUCCAUAAUGUAGGAGGCAGAGCAGCCAUUGGCACCAAGAGUGUAUAAAAAAGCCCACUGAUUUGUUCGUAACUCCCAAAGUUUAAAAGAUAAAAGAUUUCUGAAACAGGCCAAUUUAGUUCCAGAAAUGUCUUGAUACUACCAAACAGAAAUAGCCAGAUAAUUCCAAAGUUUAACAGUGAAAGGGAUGAAGGAGUGAAAGUAAUAGUUAAUUCAUGCUCUACUGAAAUGGACAGAAUAGGAGUGAGGGUAAGUAGAAACUUGCACUGCAAGGCAUGGAUUUCAGAACAGUAGCCAUGAAAAUACUAGUAGAAGAUUGCUGGAGUUGCAGCUUUGCAGUGGAGUGUGAAAGAUUGAAAACAGUCAGCUAAAGAAAAAAAGUUGAUAGGUGAAAAGAUUUUAAUACCACCCUUACACAUAAUAUACAUAAUUAUGAUAGCUAAAGUAUGAGUUAUGGCUUUAUUUUUUUCAGGGGAACAUUUAAUGUAAACUAUUAACUAUGCCAUAAAAGUUAUCAUGUAACAUGUGUAGAGUGUACUAUGUUUAUAGGGUAAAACACAAGUUUCUGGAGAUAUUGCUGAGGUACAGGUUAUUCUAAGUUGAAAAUGUCUUGUGCACACAUUAAUUUUGAAGCUUUGUUUAGCUAUGUUAUGAAAUUCAAGUGUUAGCAGGUGACAGAUAAAGUGGCUGGGUGGGGGGAUGUCUGAUGGGACUUGUUGACUUGGGUAUAUCUGAUGGUGAAAUUGUGAAUUAUUCACUCAUGAUUUCUACAAGUUUUAGGGCAUUACAGUACCCCAUAGCAAGAUGAGUGGUAUUGAUAGACAGUUGAUUGACCAAUAAACACUGCAGAAGGAUAGUAUGGCUGUAAUUAAUGACAAAUAAAAUAAUAGGCUAUGUGGCACCAUGCCUGCCCUGGACAGAGAGAGAGGUGGAGCAGGGCUAGCAUCAAAUUACCAUUCAUCAACCACUUGCAGUUUCAUGCUGAGACAGUGAUUGUAAAUAUGUUUAAAUUGCAUUGCAUAGUUUUGAGAGAAAAAACGGCAGCAAUAUCACAUACUUACAGUAAUGUGGAGCAUGUGGACAUGGUGUUUCUUCAUCACAAACACUUGUCCAGCCCAGCCAUUGUAUCCAUCACCUGGCCACACUUGAAUGUGCUUUUUGAAUUUGGAAUUUCAAUUUGGAAUAACCAGUACUUUCACCUCCAGCAAUAUUCACAGAAACUCAUGUUACAUCCUUUAUAUAGAUCUGGAUUUCUACAGAGGACAUGCUUAUAUCAGGCAUCCAGCAUAAAGUUAUAGAAACUCUCUUAAUGAGUGUAUUCUUACUUAUUUAUUUUUUAUUUAUUUAUUUAUUUUUUUUCUAAAUGAGUAAAUAAUAUUAUGCAGUAGACAAAUGAGGUCAUAUAGGUGUAUGGUAAAAUCACAGUGCCUGGUAGUGGUGGUAGUUGAGAGAGUGCCACUCAUCAUCUGGCCAAAGCAGGUAUCAUAUUGGACUUACAACCUUUCAGUCAUGAGUCUAACACCUUACAGCAGUCACCUGGCCCCCUAUUCAUUCCCCUAUUUUUAUUUGUUUUUUAGGUUUCUAAUUGAAAAUUCGCAUGGCUGUUAAUCUUAGUGUGAGUCUCAGUCUUGUAGGCAGUAGCUGGGCAAGAAAAUUUCCUAAGAGCCAGACUGGGCUACUGUGAACUUCUGUGAUACAGGCAGUAAACAGAAAAGAUUUGAACAGGUUAUAUAAACAAAUUUAGUCAAAAGAUUGUAUUUACCUCUGUUUAUUUUUAUAUGCUUUGAUGAUGUACUCAGAAGAGUGUUGGUGUGUGAGGUAGUUGAAGAAGAUCAGUAGCAAGAUUGAAGAAGACUUGGAGACUGUGUGUGUGAAAGAAGACAUCACAAGGAUGACCAUCAGAGAAAAGAUAAUUUCAGGCCACAGAAAGUGCAAGAGACUCACAAGGUAUCCAGCCCUGUAAGGGAAAUAAAAGAUGUCAAAUGAAGUAUGCCUUGGUAACUGCCUGAAGGAGAGGCAUAGAGUUGAGCAGACAUGAUAUUAAUUCAGAGACAUCAUUCUCCCGGUCUUGAAAGCACUGAUGAGUUAUGGCAAUGAUGAUAUAUUUUUCAAUUCCAGCCUUAAUUUCAUGUAACUCCACAUCUCUACUGCUUAGUAGUAUAUCACAUACAAGAGCUAUCUAAUAGCACUCAUUAUGCAAAGAUUUUUUGCAGUUACUGUAUAUCAGACUAAUGUUUGUUUUCAGCACCUCUUUGAUUUAGGAACUUGAAUCUCAUCUUAUAUACAUGUUCUGUUAUUAAUGCCAUGCUUGAUAGGGUUGAUGCAAGCCAGAAGGAGCUUGGAAUUUUAGACCAGAUGCUCUCCCAUAUGUCAUGGUCUGGCACUAAAAUGUGAAAUGUUAAUUCAGACACUACUCUGCCAGGGCUCAGACAUCUUGUUCCUUCAUUCAGCAGGUGUGUGGCAAUGGUGGUGAAAGUGUAUCUACACCUUAUCAUAGGAAUAAAGUGGAUGCAGGUGUAAUGUGAUGCUCCAUUGUGGUGUAAAGUGUAGAAAAAUGUGAAGGCUUUAAUAUUGUAAACUGGUAUACUAUGUAUUUUACCACAAAUUGCAAAAGAGCUUAGGCCAAAGUCAUUUAACUUGUGCAGUUCAAGGUAUUUAUAUAUGAUAGUGUCACUUCUAGUCUUGGGAUUUUAUAAUAGUUUUAGUAAAUGAAAAUAUUUACCUAUAACUCUUAAUUGCUAUAAGAUAGAGAUAAAAUUUACAUGUAAUUUAUUUAAUCUUGUUAAAAGACAGUAAAAUCUUCAUGUAAUUUA